CGCAGUAACCACAAUGCACAUUCGUUAUCAGCUAUAAAAUUCUGUCGUGUUGUAAAAUUUUAUCGUUUUUCUUUAAAUUUCCUUUUUUUUUUAAUUUCGGCCAAAAAUAAAUAAAGUUUUGCGUUCGCCUCAUAAAUUGUGAAUGAUCCAAUGAAAACCAAGUACAUACUUGUCAAUGAACAAAAAAUAUGGUCGCCCGAAUCUAUUGCCGUUCUCAACAAAUACCAAGGCUUUGAACUAGCUCGAAGUUCCAAUGAACAUGGAACCAUCAUCGAAUACAUUUCUGAUGACAUCCCCGGUUAUGUUUUCCGUAACAUGAAAGAAUUGUUGAGCGAUGAUAACGAGCUUUUACGCUAUAUUUUUCCCAAUUUCAUUAACACCGCACAUUACCUGCAGAAUCGGGAUGCAAACGUUGUACGUGUACCUGAACCUGGACAAUACAUGAUACCUUCACCGUACGUCGUACCAUAUUUGAUCAAUGCGACGUGGCAUCCUCUAAUGUCGAUGCUGCCUUCGGCCAGUAGUGAAAUGGACGUAGCGCCACGUAGCGAUUUAUCGCCAACAAUCGAUUUGUCUAGCCCAAUGGAUUCAGAAGACUAUUCAAAUAUGGAAACCACAUCCCAUGCACGAUCUGCACCCUCAAGUCCUUACGCUUCAACAAGAAGAACAACUCAUGUUGAUUUACGUUCCGGUCGUUCACGUUAUUCGCCCUAUACGCGUAAUCAAUCCCAAAGUCCACCGCUCCAAUUUAGGAGUCACUCACGCGUUAGUCCUUCACGUCAAUUUUACGGAUCGCAAACAUUCGGAAGUUCGCAACGACAAAGACCAACCAGUACGGUCACGUCACAGUCAACUUAUUCUGGUGUUAGUCCUUCACAUCGUUUUACACACCAUUCACCUGGAGGCGCUUCAAAUUAUUCGCAAGACUUACGCGGAGCAACUAGUUCAAGCAUGGCCCGGGCAAGUGAUUCGUUUAGAAGUACAAGGCCUCAACAAACACAUAGCCGCAGUCGUUCGAGCCCAUCUCAUAGACCGUCAAGGCAAAGAGACCGCAGAGAAGAUGGGAAUUACAGACAUAGUUCACGUUAUGACCCGAGACGAUGACAAAUUAUUCGCUUGCUUGGAAAAUCGUUGUUAAAAGUGGCAUCCAAGACAAAUUGGGUGGGUUACUCUCUGUUCUGGCAAAACAUUUCCCUCGUCUUCAUUUACUACCAAUUACGAACCCUUU